GUCUCUACAUAUAUUCGAGUUUGGCAAGUGGCUUGUCCCUCGCCUUUGCUAUCAACCAGGGAUCCCCCUUAGUGUGAACCGGUGCGUGUUCCCUGGGUACAUGAGUUGAAGAUGUUCAUCUCCAGUUCGUCUGAGCAAUUCUGCCACAUAUUCCUCUGUUGUUAGGUUAGCUCCCUUGGGAUCACACGUUGGGGGUAUAUGGCUACAUAGAUGGAACAACGGGCUCAUAAUCAGUGCUAUCUAUAUAAGAUAGUAUUGAUUAUGAGUCUGUUGUUUGAUUGAAUUUAAUAUCCUGACCACAACCUGAUUUUCUCAUACUUCGUGUCGAAUUGUUUAACCAUGAGCAUGUGGAUUGUGACUAGAGUGGCAACAAAGGCUGCAGCUGCAGUGGCAUUGACCACUUUUUGGACGAUGUACUUUGCCUUGUACUUUUCUUUGAGAGGAUCGCAACAGCUCCUACAGAGAUUCUCCAAAGGCUCUCCACUGGUCCACGCAGGCGUUCGUUCUCCAACACUUGUGUGGAUCCUGUCACGUUUAUCUCACCUGGCAUCGCACUGCCCAUUGGAGGCAUCACCGUUGAAACUGGAAAAAAAAAAAAAGACUCCACAUGAAAGAAUCCUGUUGCACGUUCUUCCGAAUUCUACAACGGCGAGAUUGUGGACGAAUCUUUGUACAGAGGUUCCGCGGAUUUCGACGGUCAUACGUCCGGAAAUCGGGCAAUGGACAAUGCCCUACCUGGGGCUACCUCCAUCAAAGGCGAUUUUCACUAUUUCUGCGCUCUCUCUCAGAUAUAUUCAGGAGAUUUGGCACUCUAUAUCUCCGCCAGUCUGCCCUCUCUUUGUUCUCAAGGCUCAAAACCGACUUUCCGCCCCUAUAAUUGAGAAAAUCGCACCCCGAAAACAAUCACCCAUCACCGGCCGCCACCCCAUCGCCGUUUAACGGCGAUUGAGAAAGAUUUCUUGGCACAGUGCCACUUGUACCUGUCGCUCCGCCACGUCAAAUAUCCUGAUGACCAACAGUGGAUCCUGUUCAUCCUAUCGCAUAUGAAGGAAGGGACGGCCGCCUUGUGGGCCUCCCAAAGGAUCAACGCAUACCUUUCCCCAAACGCUGCAAUCCCGACACUCGAGAACUUCCUCCAAGAACUGAAGGAAAUGUUUG